AGAAGUGGUUACCAACCUAUUAAAAUGAACAUAAACAUUUAAGCAGUGGACUCAGGUUUGCAACAGUUGGAGCCAAAUGAAUGACUUUCACCACCAAUGCCACAGCUGGGUCGUGACAUAAGACGUAGCUCAGAGGGACGGACGUGACAUCAUCACGUUGGACACCGGACCCGGCGAGGAGCAACGGUGGAGGAGAAAUGUCUGAUCUGUUCGUGAAGCCAGGAAAUCAGGAGCGAGGCUGGAAUGAUCCUCCUCAGUUUUCAUAUGGUUUGCAGACUCGAGCACAGAUAGGUCAAAGGAAACCAUUUCUCACAAAGAGAGUAACAGCACCUCAGCUCGAUACACCAAAAGUUUCUGGACCCACUGGAAUUCUUCCUGCUUUGACCCCAUCUGACAGUUCCAUAACCAGCCAGAAAAGGCUGCCACCUCCUCCAAAACUUUCCAGUUUGUCUAAUACUUGCCAACCUGUGCAAAGCACAGCAGAUGUUUCUGAUUGCAAUAUAAAGGUGGAAGAUGUUUUAGCUCCAUUGAAUAAGAUGCUGGAGGUUUGUAGGACAUCAGUUAAGAAGCAAGUUUGUGAUGAUAUUGGCAGACGACUAAGAAUGCUGCAAGACAUGUGGCAAAAUGGAAAGCUGUCUGUGUCAGUGCAGAAGAGGAUGUAUCUGCUUGCACAAGAAAUGGAGCACUGCAAGUGGGAUUCUGCUGAUGAAAUUCACAGAUCUUUGAUGGUUGACCAUGUGAACGAAGUAGGACAGUGGAUGGUUGGUGUGAAACGUCUCAUUGCUGAAACCAAAGAUCUACCAUCUGACAUUAUAUCCUGUGCUGACAAGGGUUGUGAAUCAGGGAACUAAGAUGUUGAAUCUCUUUACAAUGAUAUGACUAACCACACUAGUGAAAAUGCAGUCGAGGAAGAAAGUUAUAAGAAUGUGACUACAAGAAUAAAAAGAAUGCUUGUUUAUGGUGCCUGCAUUGAGCAGGAAUGAAAGCAUGUAUUCAGGCUGUACAGUUUCACAAGACUGUUCAAGAGUUUAAAAAGCACUUCAGUUUCCAGAUAAUGGACUAAGCUUCUCCAUGACUUAUCCAGUCUACAGUCCCUGAGAAAAGCUGUGGUUUCAAACUCUUUUACAAGCACUCUGUUUGGAAGGCAAAUAUCAGGUGUAGACUUUUUUUUCAUCUGCCACAGAAAAUAUGGUCAGGUCUUUGCCAUAAGCACCUAAUGGACUUCUAGAGAGGAUUUUUGUAUUUCACAUGGCACAUUUUACCAACAUCUGUUGAAAUGAACUUACAAUGUAAUUUUAUUGCAUGUGAUUCAAAAACUGUGACCGCCUGCUAUGAUUUUAUUUUUUGAGAACAAUAUUAAAUAUUCAAGAUGAAGGGUCAGCUUGAAAUAACUGGGUUUGCUCUAUGUGUGUAAAAUCUUUUGGUUUAUAAAAAAACUUUUUUUUUGGUA